ACUUCUCUCUUAUAUGCUGGUUAGCAUUGAACAAGAUGGUGGAAAAGUUCGUGUGGUUCAAUUCGCGAUCGGGUGUAAGUUACGCUAAAAAAUAAUGGCAAAGAAAGAAAAGAAACGUGUUUCUAUAUACAUCGAUGUGAGCAAAGAUUUCUUCGAAUCCGAAGUAAUUCCUAAACGCGAGCCUGCACUUCUGCGAGGACUAGAAAUUGGAAGGGCUCGGGAAAAAUGGACUCCAGAGUAUUUGGCAGAGAAUGGUGGCGAAAGAACAGUAAAAAUCCACGUUUGUCCAACUGGAAAGAUGGAUUUUAUCCACAAAAACUUUGCUUACAAAACCCUUCCAUUUAACCAAUUUGUUAAGCGUGCUAGUGAGGAUGUUCAUGAAGAAUAUUUCAUUUGCCCAGAGGAAAAGUAUUACUUGAGAUCACUUGGAGAUGAUCCCAGAAAGGACAUCUCAGAUAUCAAUGUGCAGUUCCCUAACUUGGCUCAAGACAUUAACAUCCCAAAGCUUUACCCUGAAGACAGAUUCUUUUCCAGUGUGUUUAGAAUCAGUUCACCUCAAGGACAGUUAUGGACACAUUAUGAUAUUAUGGAUAACCUUUUGAUUCAGGUAACUGGCCAGAAGCGUGUUGUCCUAUACAGCCCACAAGAUGCCACAAAACUUUAUUUAAACGGUGACAAAUCGGAAGUGUUGGACAUCGAUAAUCCAGACUUGUCAAGAUAUCCAAAAUUUGCUGAGGCAACACCGUUUGAAUGUUUCAUGGAACCUGGUGAUGUUCUGUUUAUCCCUGCCAUGUGGUUCCACAAUGUGAUAUCUUUACAGUUCGGGGUAGCAGUCAAUGUAUUUUGGCGCCAUUUGGACCCAUGUUACUAUGACAACAAGGACACAUACGGCAACAAGGAUUUGGUGCCUGCCACCAGGGCCAUGCAAAUAAUGGACCGAGCUAUCAAGGCCUUGGAGGAACUCCCUGAGGAGUGCAGAGAUUUUUAUGCGAGAAGAGUAGUUUGUAAAGUUAAAGAAAAAUGUUAUAGUCGAAAACACAUCAACAGUUUUAACGAGGCUAAGAAAUCUGAAUAAAUUAAAGCGACAAAUAUUCAUGUUUGAAAAGUGCACAUUUUGUUGUUUGUAUAUUAAGGAGCUAAGCAGCGAGAACGGUGACGCCGAGGGCGACGCCUACUCAAAAAGGAAUUUCUAUUUUACCAACGAAAUUCGCAAUUGUCUAGAUCUGUUCAGUACGCCUAUUGGUCUA